UCUUAUGCCAAUAGUAAUAACUCUAGCUGAUUAACUCUUUACUUUUGGACUUGGGUUAUGAGUGUAUUAUCUAUGGGUUAUUCAUAGGAAUUUCAUGCUUCAUAGUUCAUGUAAAUUGUGAAUAAUUGUAACUCAUCGUGAGUUAUCGUUCAUUUAGAUUUUAUACACUUACAGUGCGAUAGUGUAAUGUGACUGUGCCUGAGUUUCAUCUCAUGUGGCAAUAUUUAUCUAUUGUGAUGAGGUAGCAUAUGCAAUUGUUACUAUAUAACUUAACAAAAUAUUAUGCCUUAAAUAUAGAAAUUCAAAGAGUUUUGGGAAUACUAAACAUGAAUAGUGCCCCUGCCAUCAAUGAAGAUUAUGAAGUUAUUGGCGAGGCUCAGUGGCAGAUAUUGGAGAGCACGACAGACGAACAGACAAUCAAAAUAUAUGGAUUCAAAUAUUCAAAGUUUCGUGCAACUGUAUUUCAUGCAAUAUGCGCAUCACUCUGUGGACUUCCAUAUUUCGCAUUGGCGUAUUAUCCCGCAUACAACAGAUAUAAAUAUAUAAAAUGUAGCCUAAAAACUGCUGAAGAUGUGUGUGUGGUCGACGGCGAAGGCGCAUUUUCAAUGGUCAAGGUGGAUAUAGUUGAUCUGAAUCUAUCGAAUCACAAGGAAAACAAGUUGCGUUAUUUUAUUUACCAGCACAGUCGGUACAUAUGGCUAAAUGAUCAAGGAAUAUUUAUUAAUGUUCAGGCCCUCAAUGAGAAGCUCACUCUGACUUUGCUGAUGGAAAAUAUGUCAGGCAUAAACAAACGUCAGCAAAAUGAACUAAUAAAACUAUACGGCAAGAACUCAAUCGAAGUCGAGGUGAAAAAGUACUGGACAAUAUUCUGCAGUGAAGUGUUCAAUCCGUUUUACUUGUUUCAAAUAUUCUCCAUCAUACUGUGGUCGUUGGAUGAGUACUAUCAAUAUGCGAGUUGUGUUUUUAUUCUGUCGGCCAUAUCGUGCAUAAUGGCACUCUAUCAGACCAAACAGAUGAGCAUCAAGAUUCAUAACAUGGCCGGAUCGACGAGCACGUUCACGGUUACCGUUCUGCGCCCGUCGCGCAGUGGCCGCGAGGAGUGCGUGGUCAAUGCCAGCAGACUUGUGCCCGGGGAUGUGCUGGUGUUGCCUCCCGAUGGUUGCGUGAUGCCCUGUGAUGCUAUGUUGCUGACCGGCUCUUGUAUAGUCAAUGAAAGCAUGUUAACAGGUGAGAGUGUACCAGUAAUGAAAGGCCCUCCAUGCCCUUCACAAGAAUUGUAUUCGACGGAAGGACACAAGAGGCAUACACUAUUCUCAGGAACGCACGUGAUACAAACAAGAUUCUACGGCAACAACCAGGUCCUCGCGAAAGUUGUUCGCACGGGUUUUUAUACAGCCAAAGGAGAGUUGAUCAAGAGUAUUCUGUUCCCGAAACAAUUUGACUUCCAGUUUUAUAAGGAUGCGGUUAAAUUUGUGCUGUUCAUGUUUUGCAUAGCCGCUGUCGGAAUGGCUUAUUCCAUUUGGCUGUAUAUCCAAAGAGGGAGUUCUCUCGGCACGAUAAUUCUCCGUACACUGGACAUAAUAACAAUAGUGGUACCGCCAGCAUUACCAGCCGCCAUGACAGCCGGUGUUGUGUACAGUCAGCAGAGAUUGAAGAAAAACAGGAUAUUCUGUGUUUCUCCGCCGAGGAUCAUCAUUUGUGGGAAACUGCAAGUCAUGUGCUUUGAUAAGACAGGCACACUCACAGAAGAUGGCUUGGAUUUGUACGCAGUCAUUCCUUCACACCAGGAUGAAAGAUUCGGUCGAUGUGUGGACGAUAUCAACCUGCUGCCCGCUAAGAGUCCUGUUGUACAAGCCCUAGCUUCGUGUCAUUCUCUCACUAGCAUCCAGGGUCAACUGAAAGGUGAUCCCCUGGACUUGAAGAUGUUCGAGUUUACACAGUGGGUAUUGGAGGAGCCUGGACCGGAGAAUACGAGGUAUGACAACCUGACUCCUGCCAUCGUUAGACCUGUUUGUACACAGAACGAAGCUUUGCAGAAUUUAGAUGACUACGACCCAUUGACGAUGGAAAUGCCUUAUGAGAUAGGUUUACUUCGUAGAUUCCACUUCUCAUCUUCGCAGCAGUCCAUGGGAGUUAUUGCUAGAGUUCUCGGACAGCCAUCUAUGGUUUACUAUGUUAAAGGGGCGCCAGAAAAGAUUGCAGGUAUGUGCGACGCCUUGACACUACCGGACAAUUUUAAUACCGUGCUCAAUGAAUACACCUCAAACGGGUUCCGAGUGAUCGGUCUGGCUUAUAAGAAGCUGGAUAGAAAAAUGAAAUGGGUGGAUGCGCAGAGGGUUAAACGAGAUAUGCUUGAGCAUGGAAUGACGUUUUUGGGCUUUCUAGUCAUGCAAAAUAGCCUGAAACCGGAGACCACGCAAGUGAUAAAGGAGUUACAUGAGGCUAAUAUGAGGCAAAUUAUGGUUACUGGUGACAAUAUAAUGACAGCUAUGUCAGUGGCCCGAGGCUGUUUCAUGGUGCAGCCGCAACAAAAAGUGGUUCUAGUGACUCCAGGCCUGCAGACACUUGCCGACCAGAGACCACCUUUGUCUAUGGAGGUUAUUGGUGAAGGUGGGCCACCGAAAUUGGCACUAGAUGACUAUGUGAUUGCAAUGGAGGGAAGAACAUGGGCAGUUGUGCGCGCGCAUUAUCCUGAGUUUAUGCCAACCGUCCUGAGUAAAGGCAUGAUAUUCGGCCGUUUCGGGCCAGAUCAGAAAACGCAGCUGAUCACGUCGAUACAAGGCGAGGGCUUGAUCGUGGGUAUGUGCGGAGACGGGGCCAACGACUGUGGAGCGCUCAAGGCGGCACACGUGGGCAUCUCGCUGUCUGAAGCCGAUGCUUCCGUGGCAGCACCAUUCACAUCGCAGGAACAGAAUAUAAGAUGCGUGAAGUUGUUGGCUUUGGAAGGGCGAUGCGCACUCAGCACUUCGUUCGCUAUCUUCAAGUACAUGGCUCUCUACUCUCUGAUACAGUUCUUCUCCAUACUCAUUCUAUAUAACUUCUACUCGAUCCUCGGCAACAACCAGUUCCUGUACAUCGACCUGGUGCUCACGACGGCCCUGGCGCUGUCCCUGGGUCGUGCGGGCCCGGGUCCGCUCCUGACGCGUCGUACUCCGCCCGUGUCGCUGGUAGCGGCCCGCUCUCUGUUGCCACUCGCGCUGCAGGUCGCACUCGUCCUACUUGUACAACUAGCCGCCACCGUACUACUGUUCUUGCAGCCCUGGUUUGUACCGGUACAAGGCGGGCCAGACGUUGAACAGGUGCUCUGCUGGGAGAAUACUGUGAUCUUCAUUGUUUCUUCAUUCCAGUACUUAAUCAUGGCAUGCGUAUAUGCCAAAGGUUGGCCGUAUAGGCAGCCAUUCUGUGAAAAUUAUUACUUGGUGAUAACGCUGCUAACUCAAGCCGCGUUCGUUUCUCUACUGCUGUUCUGUCCCUGGGAAGGUCUAGCAGAAUACAUGGAAGUGGAAGCGAUGAAGUCUGUCCAAUAUGAACAGAACUACUUCAGAGUUUACAUACUUCUUAUUCCUGUUCUGCAUAUUAUGUUAGCCGUCUCUGUCGAGGCUACACUGUCUGACCCCCGAUUCUUCAGCAGCAUAUACAACGCGUUUCGGAUAUGCUCGCGGAGGAAGGAGGAGCACUCCGGAGACGCUGAGUGUCCGCUCUGGCCACCUUCACCCACACACCCGCCCUGCUGACAUUUUGUCUGUACUUAGUUAAUUAUUACAAUUUUAUAUACCUAACCUACGCGCGUUGAAACAGGCCUAUUACCGUCUGCGUGACGUCAUCAAGUGGUGAACAGUAGACGAAACUACAUAUAACCCAGUAGACUCCAUAUAUAAUACUAAUAUAGUAAGGCCAACAAGACAAGAUAAAGAAUGUAAACAAAGUUUCAGGGGUUCGAAACUGUUUCAUUGAUAUCUUUGAAUAUUGAAAAUAAAAAUAUUUCAAAGGUUGCCUUACAUUGCCAGGCUGUGAUUGCAGUGAGUAGCUGUUUAUUUUAAUUAUUUAAAUGAACAACUACUCACUAUAGCCAAAACUAACAGUAAUGGAUUAAUAAUAACAAAAAACGAAGUAAAUACGACGAAAAAUUACAUAUUACUUGGAACGCAAUCCAAACAGGAAUGAACUUGUUCACAAAAUGGCGGAUCAAAUGUUUACAACUGCGGUACUGACUGCUUUCGUGUAUCACACGACACGCAACGAAAGCUAUCGUCGACCAACCAACGCUAUUACUGCGUACGAGUGAUAGGGACAGAGAUAAUAAUUACUCGCUAUCCCAAUGUUACUCAGCAACGGUCUGUUUGUUUACAUUAUUUAUCUUGUCUCGUUGGCCUUAGCAUAUAUACAUAUCCGCAAUACAAAACAUUUAGUCAACAAACUAAGGUAAGAGGGCGCUGGGUACUGAUUGCUCAUUGGUCUAGUAAUAAUCACCACAUGUGGUAAACAAUCGAUAUUCGUUGUUCAGAAUUAUGUAAGAACAAGUUUAUAAGGUGGUAUCCGAAAGCGUUCACCCUUUAUUAGGCAUAGACGGAGUCUGAUGCUGAUGAUGAUAGUGGGUUAUGACGUCACAAAGAUGGCGGACUGUUCCUAUAUCAACGCGCGUGGUUUAUACAUAUAAGCGCAAUUGGUGAAAUGUUUCGUAUGUAAUAAAUGUCCAUUUCAGCGUGCGGCACUCCUGAUGGUAAAGUUAAAGUGUACUGUCAGUUUUGAGACCAUCGUAGGAGAAUUUAUACAUGUUGCGAAGUUGGUGAACAACUUUAAAAGUACGUUUCAAACGUAGAAAAUAAGUACUACCAAAGAAUAACAUGUGAAUUAGAAAAAUUGUGGGUUUUUUUAAUGAAUUAAACUGGCAGUUCUUUCUUUAAUUCGAGGCGAAUAGCUGGAAUAUUAAAGUUUGAAAGUACAAACGAUGUUAUAACAAGUGGAAGGCUUCGUUGUACUGAACGCCGGGCUCACCAGCGGUACUUUGCCGCGAAGCAAGAAUAUGCUAUUAUUAUUAUUGUGUUUCAUUUUGAAGUGCGCCAUAGCUAGUGAAGUUACGGGGCUAAUGAGACCUAACAUCUUUUGUCUCGAAAUGACGAGCGCAAUUGCGAUGCCGCCAUUGAUGUUUAAUAAACAACUAUAGACUCAAUAUCGCCUAUUAAAAGGUUGUCAUAAAAUGUCCGAGCGGGUUGUAUAUUCGUUUACAUUAACUUAUACAGAUAAAAUAAAAGCAUUCAUUCAAAUUAACGCCUUAUUUCGUGGCAGUAAUGUUCAAAGUCGUAACUCUCAUCAGAAGCUUGGACGAGAAUGCGAGGCUAGGAUAUUUAGUUGUAGCAAUUUAGCCAACUGAUUAAAAGCGUCAAGUAAAUCGACAAUUUUUUUAAUUUAAAGGCGCACGGUAAGUGUUUACCUUUGGAUAGGUUUUUUCUGAAAAUUUGGUAUUGCGUGGCGUUGUAUUCAAAGCGCGGUCGAAACACAACUGUACGAACACUCUGCCUAAUAGACGAGUUUUGCUUCAGACAAUUUUUGAGCGUGAUGGUGAUUCUUGUUAUUUACUAUACGUCAAUGGAUGCCGCUCAUUAAUUCAGGUUAAUUCAAGAAUCCUGAGUGGCACCGCCCAUUAAAAUAAUGAGCGGGGCUUAUCACUUACCAUCAAUUAUUGAAGUCUUGCUUUAAAUUAUUGAAGUUGUUAGAAUAUUUUCGUCUCAAAUUUUAUAAGUUCUGACAUUUGUUUUUGCCAUAACUGUUAAUAACCAAUUUGAAGACGGUUAACUGGCUGAAAACGUUACUCUAACUCCGCAAGAUUUACACGCCAAUGUCACACUAUGGGAUGACGCACGCUUAUUUGGUUAUUUUAUGAUAAUAAAAAUACCCUGUUAAAAAUGUUGAAUUAGUCUUAAUUUAUAUAAUAUAUCGUUAGGCGAACGCGAAAUGAUCGGAAAUUCAGACGCAGCGAUCUUGUUUUUAUAUUAUCCUACUAAUAUUAUAAAUGUGAAAGUUUGUAUGUCUGGAUGUAUGUUUGAACUUCUUUAACGCAAACACUACUGAAUGGAUUUUGAUGAAACUUUGCAGUAAUAUAGCUUACACACCAGAUUAACAUAUGGGCUAUAAUUUAUAAAAUUAUUGUGUGAAUUAUCUAUACAUUUAAAUAAAAUUGGAGUGUCUGUUUGUAAUAUUGAUAUAACAGUUUUUAACUAAAUGUAUAUUAUGAAUACAUAUACGGUACAUACACUAAAAUAAUUUUUUUUACAAUUACAAGUCUGUCUGUCUGUCUGUCUGUUUGUUCCUGCUAAUCCGGCGACUUUUAUUGGCAGGUAGCUGAUGUAAUAAGGAGUGACUUAGGCUACGUUUAUUUUAGAAAAAUAAAGCAAUGUCCAUGAAACGGUCUUACUCUAAAAAUAAUUUAUAUGGCAAAACAACGUUUGCCGGAUCAACUAGUUAUACAAUAUAUAUAUAAAAAUAUAUUGUAUCAAAGUGAUCUGCAACUUGGAUAUGUUCCAUCACCUCUUUCUAGCCUUCCCUAACAGGCCUUAAUAAUAAUAAAAUAAUCAAUCCCUUAUUAUACAAUUUACGAUUAACUUUUUUUUUAUUUUUAGUCAACUGUCCCUGUUGUUAUCUUAUUUUUUGGCGGCUGUUGUUACGAUCUUUUUCUUUAUCUUUCGUUUUGUGUGAUGUUUACAAAUGCAAUAAACUACAAUAAUCCGAAAAAAAAUUGCCACAGAUAAACAGCCAGGCUAGUACGGACUAGGCUAGUGUU